AUGACAUCUGAACUGGAAUUUGUCAGUAUAGCAUGCAAUAGAGUCUCUAAUGCAGCUGAUUGGUGUCUGGAUGGAACUGUAGCUUAUGCUGCUGGAAACUUUGUAGCAAUAUAUCAUCCCGAGAGUUUUGGACAAAACACAGGUUCUGGAAGUGCUCAGCACGACGAUGCCAUUGUAUCUGGAUCUGCUGAUGGAACAUGUCGCAUAUGGAAGAAGACUCAAGUUGGAAAGUACAAGACUGUUGCCGAAUUAAGAGGACAUACUUCAGGUGUCAAUUGUCUUGCUGUGUCAAGAGGCAGGGAUCUACCAGAUGGUCCAAGUCUGGUUGUAGCUGGUUCACUAGAUGGUUGGAUUCGAGUAUGGGACGUCGAGGAUCUUGAUGUUGAAAAUGGCAAACCUGUAGUACUAGAACCAGUACAAUCACUCAACGUAUCUCCAAAAUACCCACUGUGUUUAGCAUUGGCUUGUUUGCCAAACGUGUCAACGCAAAUACUGGUCACAGGCAACACAGACAACAAACUCACCGUAUACGCCCACCAAAACCACAAAUUUGUCCCAUUAUUGACUUUACAUGGUCACAAGGACUGGAUUCGUGCAAUAGAUCUCGCCACGUAUACUAAAUCACCAUCAUCAACCGACUCAUCUCAAACACCACAUUUCAAUGAUGGUGAUUUGAUACUUGCAUCAGCUUCACAAGAUAAAUAUAUUCGGUUAUGGAGGAUAGCACCAUCGCAAGAUAUGCAAGAGGAAAGCGUUAUGGAUGUUGAACUUCCGCAGGAUCGAUUGGAUGAGUUGGUGGAAUUGGGUGAUUCAGCUCUAGCUGGUAUGAAGCUGGCUACAAAAGCGUAUAUAAUUGAUGUUGAUGUGGAUACGAGAGACAACACGAGGUCUGUAACAGUAUCUCGCACCAAAGCCAAGUACUCCAUUAUGUUUGAUGCCAUGCUGGUUGGCCAUGAAGAUUGGGUGCAUAGUGUCUUUUGGCACCUUCCCAUCAUUAAAGACGGAACAUACCAUCAACCAAUGCGCCUAAUAUCCUCAUCAACUGAUCGAUCUAUAUAUUUAUGGUCGCCAGAUGCAGACACAACAAUGUGGAUCAAUGAAGUCCGAGUGGGUGAUGUCAGUGGACUAAAUCUAGGAUUUUAUGGAGCCAUUCUGAGUCCUGAUGGUAGAACUUUGCUAGCUCAUGCUUACAAUGGUGCUAUUAGUUUAUGGGAGCAGGGCAAAGAAGAUCAAACGGUAUGGAUGCCACGUGUUGGUGUUAGUGGUCAUUCAGAUCCUGUAACUGGUCUCGAAUGGGAUCCGCGGAGUCGGUACUUGAUAACCGUCAGUGGUGAUCAAACGACCCGAUUAUGGAGUAAAUGGAUCCGUGAUGGCAUAUACACUUGGCAUGAAAUGUCUCGUCCUCAAAUCCAUGGAUAUGAUUUACAAUGUGUGGCAUUUAUCAACAAGUAUUGCUUUGUUAGUGGUGCUGAUGAGAAGGUGGUGCGAGUUUUUGAAGCUCCAAGAACAUUUGUCGAAUCGUUAGAGAAUUGGACUGGAAUCAAGGAUGAAGGAGCUGCGGCUGCAAAUCUUCCUCUGGGAGCAAGUUUACCAGCUCUUGGACUGAGUAACAAGGCAGUCUAUUAUGGUGAUGGAUUAAGCUCUGGUCCAGAAAGCAGUCGACCGACAUUUGAUGCACCACUACCAACCUUCACUGCGACCACUGGAGCAUUCAUGCAACCACCAUUUGAGCAUCACUUGUCUACUACCACAUUAUGGCCUGAAAUCAACAAGUUGUAUGGUCAUGGAUUUGAACUGUUUGCAUUGGGAGCAUCGCAUGAUGGUUGUGUGCUUGCGUCAUCUUGCAAGGCAGCGAAACCAGAACAUGCCGGCAUACGUAUAUGGUCGACGUCAACAUGGAGGGAGAUAUGUAGUCCUCUCAUGUCACAUUCUCUAACUGUUACUGGAAUCAAAUUUUCGUAUGAUGAUCGAUAUAUCCUUACUGUUGGAAGAGAUCGGAUGUGGUCUCUAUUCGUCAAAUCAACAGAAGGUGAUGUGCCAUACAAGCUCCUGUGUAGUGACGCUAAAGCUCAUUCACGUAUAAUAUGGGAUGCGUCAUGGACACAUGAUACGCAAUAUUUCGCAACUGGAUCCCGAGACAAGUCGAUCAAAAUUUGGAAGGCAUCUGGUGAAACUAUGUGGGAAGCAUGUUUAACCAUCAAGACUGAAGAAAGUGUUACUAGUGUGUCAUUCAUGCCAGUUCUGUAUUCGGAAGGAUAUUGCCUCGCCGCUGGAUUGGAGGACGGACGCAUCAUCCUGUACUUGUUAAUCGGUGAAGAGCUGCGUGUUUAUGGCAUCAUACAUUUGGACAUUGAGUGA